AUGCGUCUAUCUUCAGAAUUUCGAGGAAUUGUUUUUCAUAAUGAAUUGAAAGCACUUUCUCAAUAUUUCACACAAUGUUAUUUGGAACCAGUGGUGAAGGGAAAAUCGAGAAUUGAAGAGGCAUGUCGAAAUUUUUUUGAACAUGUUGCAAAACCCAUCUUGUCUAAAGAAUUACCAGAAAUGGAAAAUUAUAUCAUGGACUUUUCUGUUUCCCAAGAUGGAAAGAGUGUGAAAAUACUUGAAAUUAAUCCCUAUCUCACUACCACUGGCGUUGGAUUGUUUGAUUGGGAAUCUGACAGAGAAACGAUCUUUGAGAAUCCAAAUCCCACAAGUUUUGAAUUUCGUGUAUUGAAAGAACCCAUUAUUUCAAGUCAAUUAUUGAAUAAGGGCAAAUUGGUGAAAGAAUGGGAAGAAAUUUUAAAGUCUGUAUAA